GGAAAUUACACGAUCUGUUAAGUUUCCUAGAUUUAUUAUCACUUCUUUGAUAAAAACAAAAAGUUAACUGCGCCAAGAAGGGAAGAACGAUAAAUCAUCGACAGACUUCUAUUUCCGGUUGCAUUUAGACGCCUCAAGAUGGAGACCAUGGAUUCUUCAAAUAUUCUGGAGGCUGAAGAAACUGCAAUGGCAGCAUACACCAAGACUGAGAGAACAGAAUCAACAUUUGUGAGACUCAAGAAAAACAUUAAUGAACCAGAUGCAUCUGAUGGGGACAUUAUUUGUAUGAGGGAUGAAAUUGAAAGCUGUUCAAAAGAACUUGAGCAGCCGUUUAUUAAGGAAGACAGAAGGGAUACACCGAAACCUGGAACAGCAGAGAGAACCCAACUACGUCGCAGUUCUCGUAGGCAAAAUUGUUCAAGAGUGACCUUCUCUUUAGAUUUGACAGAGAGCGCUUAUGACAAAUGGCUUCUAAUUGGAUCAACAAAUGGAUUAAAGAAUGACACCGAAAUUGCUUUAUUUCUUAUCCAGCAGUGUGAAAGUUAUGAGAAGGCUUUGGCAGGCAUUCCCACUGGGGCUACAUGUGUCGGGUGCUACAAGGCAUUGACUCUUACCUGCUCCAAGUGCCACAUACCAUCGCAAAGCACAAAGCCAUCUGGUGUCAAGAGGAAAAGUGCUAGUGAGGCCAAAAACACAAGACUAAAAGGCAGUGGCCAAGCCCCUAGGGGCUGCAUCCUUGCAAAGACUGAUUCAAAUAAACUUGGCAGCAACACUAAAAAGCAUGCGAAGCAAACAAAUGGCAGAAGACGGCGCUUUUCAGACUCGGGUAACAGUGAAGGUGGUGGUGAUACUUUUGAUGAUGAUGGUGUCAUCAGUGAUGAUUUUGCUGGACACAGUUCUGACCUGGAUGGAACAGAGAAUCAUUCAAAUGCCAAAGAAGAACCAAAACUUCAGAUUUUGAGAGUGGUGAAACAAGAGGAGCUGCUUGACUUCUUCGACUCCGUCCCAGAAAUCAGUAAAGCCAACAUCUUGCGGAAAGGGAGAUUUUUAACUACUCCUGACCUUGUGACAAUUGUAAAAGGAAGGAAUGGAUUCCUGUCAGACAUUUUCAAGAAGCGUGAUGGGGUGGACUUCAGAAGAAGGAAAGUAGUGUGUCGAGAGAUUCUUCAGUGUGAUGGGAGAGGACGAUGUCAACGUGCCUGUGGUGGUCUAGGAAAGUGCGUUUCAGAUUGUGAUAAGGAUGGUAUUAGACGAUCAGUAGGUCACCAUUGCUCAUUUCGUGUCCACCUUAAAAUGUAUUCCAAUGACAUUGGGAAGUGGGAAGUGAGUACCCAAGGUCAUCAUGUGCCUCCUCAUGAAACAUGGGAGCCACCUCAAAACAAGAGUGUUCUGCGGGAUCCAAGGAUCAGAGCUCAGUAUGAGGAAGCCUAUAAAGGAGGAGUGACUUCUGCAGAGGACAUGUUGUCCAUCAUGUGCACAGAGGCAAGAGCUUCUAAAAAGCAGUACUAUUCCUUCAUGCGGACUAUGAAGAGGAGACGACAACGGAACAAUGGCUUUUCCUCAGAUUCAGUGACAGAUCAUUUAGCUUAUCAGACACUUCCCAUGGGAGUACAGGACUGUUCAGAUGGUAGUUUAAAAGAUGACAUUGAUGACUUUUAGUCAAGGACAAGAAUUGCAUUUACCUGUUUCAAAAGCAGGUGAUAUAUGAUUAUGAUUACAAAGGUAUGAAAGCAAAUAUUGCUUUGUGCUAAACUGUCAAAAAAAUUUAAAUGCCAUGUUUUGAAAUUGCUUGUGGGGUUUUCAAAAAUGUAUUCCAAGUAGGAUUGAUUUUACACAAAACUGAGAUAUCUUACAUGAAUUAGCUGACCUUUUUUAUUACCCACUGAACAUUUGAAAUAUUAUAUAAAUAUUUUUAAUAACAUUGAAUGAGCAUUCUUGUUAGCUUCUGAGACAUGAAGUAUCUUGAAUUUUUUAUAAAAAUGUUAAGCACAAGAUUAUUUUGCUGGACAAAAUGUAACGUUCCUCUUUCUGUAACAACACAGAAUAGUGUUUAGAGCAUGAAGAUCUCUUAUUCUCAGAAUAUGAGCACAUAAUAUUAAAGGGAAAAUAACUAGUUAUUUCUAAAAAAAAAUCUAUUGUCUUCUCAGAUAAUGUUACAAUUGAGGUGAUCAUAGUAAGAACCAACAGAGGACUGGUAGCUGGAAGAUAUAUAUAUGAGCAGGCCUGUAUCCAUAGCAAACCUUUCAUCAGGUCUUGGGCCGUGUUUCAUUUUACUUCAGUAUGAUCAUAUAUCUGCUUUCUUUAAAAUCAUUUAGGUUAUUUUUAAAAAAUCUCGAAAAAAAUAUAUCCCAUAAUUGUGAAAUGUGAACAAAAAAUACUGGGAAAUGUGGAUGGGAUCAAGCAAGUUGGGCAUGUCAGUGAUUAGAUUUAUAUCACAUUUGUCUUAAACAUCAAGAGUAUGGUGGCUUUCAACUAAUCACAUAAGUUUGCACCUUUGUUGCUGAUUUUGUACUUAAUUUUAAUCCCUAGUGUUUUCUUUUACACUGCCAGUUGCAAGUAACAACCAUGUGGACUCAUGGAUUGUACAAGUUAUUUUAUGUGUUUAGAUGUUCCUUAAGUUUUUUGUGAUACUGCCUCAUCAAUAUUAAUAACAUGGUGUACCCUUCACACUCUACAUUGUAUCUUUUACAUUGUGAUGAUGAAUCAUUGAUUUGAUCUAAUUUAUGCAAGCUAGUGAAACUGCAAAAAUUGUAAAUGUAUUAUAAAAUAUAAAAGUAAAGAAAUAGUUAUUAAAAUAUUUUACUGAGCUGAACUUUUUAAAAGGAAUUAAUGUCAUAAAAGAUACGGAAAGUAAAAGCAUGCUUUUUCUGUUGGCCUAAAUUUUACUUUUUGGUCAUGUUUUUUCAAGGCAGUUAAGACCACCAGGACAUUUAAAUUAAAAAAAAUUGAUAUGAUUGGUUUUUAUUCUUGACUUAGAUGCCUUUCUUUCAAAUAUCCACCGUAACCAAAUAAGUCCUUUUGUCACUAUCUUGCUCUGCCUGAAAUGUGGCUUGAAUUUUUUAUAGAGUGGAUUUAGGCUGUGGAGAUCUGGGUAGCUACUGUACAUGUAGAAGAUGUUGCUGAACAGCAUCCACAAUAUUUUCAUGAGUUGAUUCUGAACCUAUAGUCCAUUAUGUUAUUCACUGAUUUUAAUCAUGAUCAUCACAACCCUUAGAACAGUUGAAAUGGCUGAGAAGCCUGCAUCGGUAGUCAGUAAACUAAGAAAGCUCAAAUUCAUUUAUUAAAAGAGGAUAAUUGAGAUAAGAGGAUGUAUAAGGGAGAAAACCCUAGAUAUAAAUCUUGCCAAGCACCCUUCUCUGCCUACGGCCUGCACAAUAUACAAGAUGCAUGCGCCAAUCUAAACAGAAUACAAAUGGAUUAGCAAUGCUGGAAAAUUGAUUUUUUGGCUUAAGACAUGCUUUUAUUGAUGCAUUUGUCAUGAAAUGUGUAAGUGUAAUAAGAGAACAGGUAUGGGGAUUAAAAUAUACCAGAAUGAAGCAAAAAUUAUUCUGAGAAGAAUACAGGAUAAAGAGUUCCCAUCAUCCAGCUAUUUAUUAUUUAACAAUUUUCCAGAGCAAGACACAUUCGGAUGGCAAGGUUCACAUAUAUUUUCAUAAUCAAUGCUACUUUUCAGUCCUUGUGUCUUUCUAUGUGUGAGUGGGUGUGUUCGUUAUGUUUGCAGAUGCAUUAAAGUGCUGGAUGCAUGUACAAAACCCUUGAGCACUCAGAUGUUAAAAGCAUCAACCCUUUAUUAGAAAGUAGUUAAUUUACUCAGAAUCUGUUUUAGCUGAUUUUUAUCUUUGAUUUACACAAAUAAACUGGCACUUCAUCUAAAA